AAUGCAUUACAAUAAUCUUCAUUGCUCUUGUUUUUAGUACAACAAACCUUGCAAUGAAACAAAAAUUCCAUCUUCUUCCGCACUUCAAACACAGUACCCAUCUCAUCAACAAUGGCUGAAGCAGCAACAAGGUAUGCAGUUGUUACGGGAGCAAAUAAAGGGAUUGGGUUGGAAAUAUGUAGGCAGUUGGCUGCCAAUGGGGUGAGAGUGGUGUUAACAGCUAGAGAUGAGAAGAGGGGUCUUGAAGCUCUAGAAAGUCUCAAAGGAUCUGGUCUCUCUAAUCUGGUUUUUCAUCAGCUUGAUGUUGGGGAUCCUGCUAGUAUUUCUUCCAUUGCAGAUUUCAUCAAAGCCCAGUUUGGGAAGCUUGAUAUCUUGGUGAACAAUGCAGGGAUAGGUGGAACGGUUGUAACGGAUCCUGAUGCUUUAAGGUCAAGAUAUGCUUCUGCUGAGGCAGUAGGAAAAGUCAAUUGGAAGGAAAUAAUGAUUGAGCCUUUCGAGCUGGUGGAAGAAUGCCUGAAAAUAAACUAUUAUGGGCCAAAGAGGAUGAUUGAAGCUUUCAUUCCUCUUCUCCAGUUAUCAGAUUCGCCAAGGAUUGUCAAUGUUUCCUCCUCAAUGGGAAAGCUGCAGAAUAUUAAGAAUGAAUGGGCAAAAGCAGUGUUAAGUGAUGCUGAAAACCUUACAGAAGAGAGGGUGGAUGAGGUCUUAAACCAGUUUCUAAAAGAUUUCAAAGAGGGAUUAUUAGAAGCUAAAAGCUGGCCCUCUAAUGUCUCUGCCUAUACAGUCUCAAAAGCAGCCUUGAAUGCCUACACAAGGAUUCUGGCCAGGAAGUGUCCUACUCUUUGCAUCAACUGUGUCUGUCCUGGCUUUGUCAAAACAGAUCUAAACUACAACAGUGGCAUCUUAACUAUCGAAGAAGGUGCUGAAAGCCCUGUGAGAUUGGCUCUGCUGCCUGAUGGGGGGCCUUCCGGCCAAUUCUUCGUUCGGAAGGAAAACUUUACCAUCUCACAGACAAUGGCUGAAGCAAUAACAAGGUCUGCAGUUGUUACAGGAGCAAAUAAAGGGAUGGGGUUGGAAAUAUGUAGGCAGUUGGCCGCCAGUGGGGUGAGAGUGGUGUUAACAGCUAGAGAUGAAAAGAGGGGUGUUGAAGCUCUUCAAAGUCUCAAUGGAUCUGGUCUCUCUAACCUGGUUUUUCAUCAGCUUGAUGUUGGGGACCCUGCUAGUAUUGCUUCUUUUGCAGAUUUCAUCAAAACCCAGUUUGGGAAGCUUGAUAUCUUGGUGAACAAUGCAGGGAUGAGUGGAUCGAUUGUAAAGGAUCCUGUUGCUUUAGAAUCGGGAGUUGCUGCUACCGAGGCAGGAGAACAAGUCAACUGGCAUGGUAUAAUGACUCAGCCCUUGGAGCUGGCGGAAGAAUGCGUGAAAAUAAACUAUUACGGGCCAAAGAGGAUGGCUGAAGCUUUCAUUCCUCUUCUCCAAUUAUCAGAUUCACCAAGGAUUGUUAACGUCUCCUCCUCUCUAGGGAAGUUGCAGAAUGUUACGAAUGAAUGGGCAAAAGCAGUGUUAAGUGAUGCUGAAAACCUUACGGAAGAGAGAGUGGAUGAGGUGUUGAACCAGUUUCUAAAAGAUUUCGAGGAGGGAUUAUUAGAAGCUAAAAACUGGUCUGCUUUUUACGCUGCAUAUACGGUCUCGAAAGCAGCCUUGAAUGCAUACACAAGGAUUCUGGCCACCAAGUAUCCGGCUUUCUGCAUAAACUGUGUCUGUCCUGGCUAUGUCAAAACAGAUUUCAACGACAACAUUGGCAUCUUAACUGUUGAAGAAGGUGCUGAAUGCCCGGUGAAAUUAGCUCUGUUGCCUGAUGGGGGCCCUUCUGGCCAUUUCUUUUCUCGGAAGGAAGUGACUGAAUUUUAUGAUGAUAAAUGUCCAGAAGCCAAAUCUUUUUCACACCUUAAAAUAAAUCUGAAAUCCCCUCGAGUUUUUCUUACUCCACACACAAUUCCCAUCUCAAAAACAAUGGCUGAAGCAACAAAGAGGUACUUGGUUUUUCUUCCUUGCCCUUUUUACAAUCUCUCGCCACAUAUACAACAGCUAUUUUACUUAUUUUCUUAUAUAUUCUAUUUCAGAUAUGCAGUGGUUACAGGAGCAAACAGAGGGAUUGGAUUGGAAAUAUGUAGGCAAUUGGCUGCUAAUGGGGUGAUAGUGGUGUUAACAGCUAGAAAUGAGAAGAUGGGUGUUGAAGCUCUUGAAAAUCUCAAGGGGUCUGGUCUCUCUAAUGUGGGUUUUCAUCAACUUGAUGUUGGGGACCCUGCUAGCAUUGCUUCCCUUGCAGACUCCAUCAAAACCCAGUUUGGGAAGCUUGAUAUCUUGGUGAACAAUGCAGGGAUAGCUGGGACAAUUGUAACAGAUCCUAAUGGUUUCAGAUCAGCAGUAGCUGCUGAUCAGGCAGGACUGGGAAAAAUCAACUGGAAAGAAAUAAUGAUUGAGCCUUUCGAGCAGGCGGAAGAAUGCCUGAAAGUAAACUAUUAUGGGCCAAAGAGGAUCAUUGAAGCACUUACUCCCCUUCUCCAGCUAUCAGAUUCGCCAAGGAUCGUUAAUGUUUCCUCUUCUGCAGGGAAGUUAAAGAAUGUUAUAAAUGAAUGGGCUAAGGGAGUAUUAAAUGAUGCCCAAAACCUUACAGAGGAGAGGGUGGAUGAGGUUUUGAAAGAGUUUCUAAAAGAUUUCAAAGAGGGAUUAUUAGAAGCUCAUAGCUGGCCCUCUUAUCUCUCUGCCUAUAUUGUCUCCAAAGCAGCCUUGAAUGCCUGCACAAGGAUUCUGGCCAGGAAGUACCCCACUUUCUGCAUCAACUGUGUCUGCCCUGGCUUUGUCAAAACUGACAUGAACUACAACAAUGGCAUCUUAACUGUUGAAGAAGGUGCUGAAAGCCCCGUGAGCUUGGCUCUGCUGCCUGAUGGUGGGCCUUCUGGUCAAUUCUUUGUUCGAAAGGAGUUGUUUGAAUUUUGACUGAAAAUGAUUCACUACUAGAUAUGAAGCAAGAACAUCACAACAAUAAAGUCUGUUCUCUGCUUUUUAUUAUGUGGUUUGCAUGAAUCUCAGAUUAUUAAGACUACCCAGAAAUGCUUAUGACUAAUUUUUAUGUUGGAAUGAGUCUGAAGGACGCAAUAGCCUCUGACCUUA